CGAGAUGCUAUCAAAAGACAAAUACAACCUCCAAAAGCACAACUACCCAAGAGCGCAGUAUAAGGGGAAUAAUACAAAUCAUUCAAGGGGAAAAGUAAAUACAAAAGACAUCAAAAUGGAGCUGACACAAGUACGCACUGAGGAGCCUCUGCUGCUCCAGCCCGUGCAGAGGAGUCGGACCACAUGGUACCACUGGCUGAGCAUCUGUUCCUUCAUCAUCUUACUUGGGGCAACUAUUAUCUUGGCUCUGCUGCACUUUCAGAUCAUCCCUACUGCAAAUAAGGAUGAAUUUCAAAUGCCAGAAGUCCUUCAAAUCAAGAGUUAUUUAGAUUCUGUACCACAGACCCAGGCGAUGCAAGGAAAGAGAGUAGCUGCCCACAUGAGGGGUGUAGCCAAAGAAGGCCAAAUAAACUGGCAGCAAUCAUCCGCGAUGAACUUCUUCAAAGAUACGGAUCUCAAACUCACGGAAAACAAAUUGGAAAUUCCAAAAGACGGCCUCUACUUAGUCUACACCCAGGUGGAGUUCACAGGCAAGGAUUGCUUGGACAUGAAAGACAAGGACCUGACCCACUCCGUCAGACGGAAGAGUGAGUCUUACGAUAAUGAAGUCACCAUCCUUACAUCAACCAAAUCGGUUUGCGAGACCCCUUCAGAAUCUUCCUGGACCGAACCUAUCUACCAAGGUGGCCUUUUCAUUCUUUAUGAGGGGGAUAUUCUUUCCACCGAAACCACAAACGUCCAAUAUGUCAACUCCAACAAUGGAAAAGUCACCUUUGGUAUCCUUGCUAUAUAACACGAUUGACCCUAUCGGACACUCACCAAAUUGGGUGAUACGCCAGGGAACAUUGUCAGAUUGUUAUAUGGACUUCAUGCUCAAGUCUCCAGCAUUAAAAACGGCUACAGUCUACCUGGUUUGACAACCAUUACUGAGAAGACGCUGGAAUAUUGUGCUGGUAGACCUAUCAGUCAAGUGCAAUCUAUUGAACCAAAUACGUCAUACUGAGGCGAGAGAAAUCUACUGAUUCUAUUACUUAAGCUUUAAAACUACACAUUUCAAUAUUUCUCUCUUCCUCUUAAGAUUCGGUGUUCUCAAAUAUUUUUUAAUGCUAUUUAAUAACUAUUUAUUUAUUUAUUUAUGUAAGCCUAUUUUAAUGAUUAUUUGUGUUAUUGGGGCCAAACGGGUUAUAUGUAUGCAUACAGUGUAUGUAAUCGUCUCUAGUAAAUCUUGCUACUGAAUAAUGGGUUGGGCUUGUGUGACCAGCGGUUGGGUUACCGCUGGUCACCAUACCGACGCAGGGAUCCCAGCUUGGUGAUGGCCGGCGCGGGUGGCGCGGGGGGGGGAGGCAGUGCAAUGAAGCCCCUUACGGGCUGCAGACUCCAUGCUGCGGGCUGCGCUCGCCACAGUUUCUAUUCACACUCAUCGUGGACACCCAUGAGUGGGAAUAGUGCCUGUUAGUCGGCAUGCUGACUGUCGGUUUUGUGAGGGUGGCGGGAUUCAGGCGUAGGUAUUGUGACUGCCGGUCACAUAACCACAUGCCUGAAUAAUGACUGCAGGUCUUCUGCAUCUUGUUGCUCUGCCGUAAUUGCGUCAUUACAAAUCCCAGUAAACCGCACGACAUGCUGGGAGUUGUAGUUGUUACACAAGAGCCGGCAGGGUACGAGUUUUCAGAGUCCUCCUGCAAACUGUACUAUUGUUUCACAGUAGAAACAUGCAAUUAACGUGUUGGCAUUUUGUGUGGUCCCCAUGUCUUUAAUUAGGUGUGUAGUCACCCUUUGGAAAUGGUGGCAAAUUUUUUUUGCUUAAGUUUCAACUUGGAGACAUGAGUACUGAACAAAAGCCAAAAUAUCAGUAAUACAUUGCUGAGCAAUGCCUGUUUUCACUGUUAUCAUGUAACACUAUCAGAGUUGGAAAAUACCGAAUUGUAGCGGAGGCCGAUUUUACGGUCUCUACUUAGCUUGGUGUUGUUGUUAACUCUGUAUUUAUAUUUUGUAAAUGUUAAACUACUUACUUACUUUUUGUGUUUUAACUCCACUAGGGGCUAACUACAGUGGGGAUGGGAAGUGUCUCCACCCUGUAUGUAUUUUAGCAUACAAGUACAGAAAUA